UCCACUAUCCACCAGUCCAUCCCAUUGCUAUCUGUGUGAGAGGGUCUAUUCUGCUGCCCGAGCUGGUAAUCUUGACCUGCAGCUGUUGCCCCUCUCCCUGGUGCAGGUACUGUGAGGAGAUUCCCGCCGAAGACAACGAGACCAAUGACACCUGCCCCAAAACCCCAGAUGCCAAAAUGGACAUCAGCCCCCAGCUCCACAGGAAGGUGUUCCCCAACAGCAGUCUGAACUCCACGGACAGCACAGAUGCUCCGGUCAACUUUGACUUGCCCCCAGUGGAGGACUUCAGUGGCUGCGUCCCAGAAGACCUCCUACCCCUGCCGUUACCUGACAACAAGCUGUCAGAUAGUAGCGGCUCCGCACAUGUCCCCGUCCCCUCACCUUCCCUUGACUUCAAUGACAACGAGGACCUCCCCACUGAACUCAGCGACUCCUCAGAAACACACGAUGAGGAAGGGGAAGUGCAAGCCUUCCAGGAAGAUCUGCAUGGGAAACUGUACAUUAAUGAAGUGUAUAAGUUCAGUGUGGAUAAACUGCAUGACAUCCUCUUCACUGAAUCGCAGUUCAUGAGAGAGUUUCUGGAGCAGAGACGCUUCUCAGAUGUGGUCUAUAACCCAUGGAGGAAAGAAAACACUGGCAAUAAGUCCAGAGAGAUCAUGUACACCAUCUCCCUCUCCAACCCACUGGCUCCAAAGACGGCCACAGUCACAGAGACGCAGACUCUGCUUAAGGCAAGUCAAGUGAGCGAGUGCUACAUCAUUGACGCUGAGGUGAUUGCUCACGAUGUCCCGUAUCACGAUUACUUUUACACGCUCAACCGCUACAUGCUCACUAGAGUCGCCAAGAACAAGUGCCGCCUGAGGGUGUCAGCUGAACUACGCUACAGGAAGCAGCCUUGGGGACUGGUCAAGGGCUUCAUUGAGAGAAACUUCUGGAGUGGCUUGGAUGAAUAUUUUAGAUAUUUAGAGCUGGAGUUGAGUAAGGUACAGCUGGUGCUAUCUGAACCUCACGGACAGUCUCCCAAAUCCAAAGGCCUACGCACAGCUACAGUGAGGCGGAGGAAACACCCGCUGACGCACACGAGACAUCAGCACCUGGACGAGGCGCUCAGUCCCGUCACCACACCUGAGGAUGAGAAGAGUGUCAUCCAUCGCAUCAAACACGUGGCAGGAUCCACACAGACCAGACAUAUCCCUGACCACGGAUCGGAAGGCCUGGCUCUCUACAGCAUCUCCAAACUUCUGCUUAUAAUCAGCUCUGUGAUUUGUGUAAGUCUGGUGCUACUGGUAUUUUUGAACAUGAUGCUGUUUUAUAAGCUAUGGAUGCUGGAAUACACGGCUCAGAGUUUGACCUCCUGGCAGGGUCUCAGGUCUCAUGAAAGUAAACUUCCACAGACACAGAUCGAAUGGGCUCAACUUUUGGAGUCUCAGCAGCGUUACCAUGAAAACGAGCUGGAAAAAUGGAGGGAAAUAAUAAAGUCAUCUGUGCUGUUAUUAGAUGAGAUGAGAGAGUCUCUAAUGAAGCUACUGAAAGGUAUGGGGCUGAGAGACUACGAUUCAGACAGUGAAGAAAGCAGAAGUCGCCAUCACUGACGAACAGAGGCCCGGCUCAGCCGAUGUAAUGAACACCUCCACAUGUAAGCCACCAGAUGAGCUGGGCCGGGGCAUGGUAAGGGACGGCUCUCACGGUUCGGCUGCACCGCUGCGAGGCCUUUCUGACAACAGACACUGAUGCAAACCUAGUACUGUAAUUUCUCUGUCUUCUCUGCGAUGAAAGAGCUGAAAAAAUUGGAAGGAAUGCAGUCCCGUGAUCAUGGAUUCGGUCCGUUCAGCCAGGGCUAAAACAAACACACCAAAACGAUUGAACUGUCACUUCAAAACAGACACAGACUCUGGUUUAAACACUCGGAAAACUUGAGCGGAUGUUGGGUCUCGGCAGCAUCCCUUUUUUUUUUUUAAACCUUUUGGAGUCUGGGACCAGAUAAAGAAAAUAUGGAGUUACUAUCAGCAAAUGUUACGACGACAUGUACACAUUUAUUUAUAAAAACAAAAUAUGGAAUUGAACGAUAUUAUGAUAAACAUGAAAAUAUAUCAUUUCUAUGUAGAGCUAUAUUUGUUGCCAGAGUUCAUUAGUAACAUUUGGCUUCCAUGGAGAAUCAAGGCUGGUUCCUUGAUAGCUUGCGCCAUGGUGCAUCAACUAUAUGCAACUGGUAUAUCCUCCCCUGUCUGGAGGAAUGACUUCCUCUGAUUGGUUGAUUUGCAAUGGCAAAAGAGCCACGGUCUCUAACAUUCCAUCUACUAAGCGCCAUCGGCUGCAUUCCAGUUUCCAUGCUACUGCACAGUAAAAGUACAUACUUGGAAAAGGUACAUACUUUUAGACAUAUACCGUAUUUUUCGGACCAUAAGUCGCACCUGAGUAUAAGUAGCAUCAGUCCAAAAAUACGUCAUGACAAGUAA